CUCACCCAGCCCCACACUCGCUCCACUCUCACUUAGCCCCGAUGUUCUCUGCUCUCCGCUCCGCUGUGCCGGCGCGCCGCGCUGCCGUGCGCGCCCUCUCAACGUCUGCGCCGCGCGCCGACGUGGCACGCAUGCAGCUCCUCGGCCGCCUCGUCGCCGACCCCGAGACGCGCCAGACGCGCGCGGGCAAGGACUACGUGCGCUACGUCGUCGCCACGACGGACCCGCUCGGCCCGCCGGGCGAGGAGGGCGGCGAGCGGCCCGAGCCCACCACGUCGUACCACAACAUCUUUGCGUUCGGCGAGUCGGCCGUGCAGCGCCUGUCCACCAUCGGCAAGGGCACGCAGGUGCUCGUCGACGCCGACUUCCGCCUCGCGCGCCAGCCGAGCGAGGACGGCGCGGCGCCGGCGCAGACCAACAUUCUCGUGCAGCACCGCAGCAUUGCCGUCAUCUCGCGGCCCAAGCCCGCCGAGCCGGCCGCCUAAGUGCGCCUGCGCUGCCGUCGUGCCGGCGCGGCGCGCCCGGGCCGGCGACGCACUGCUGCGCCGCCGGCUCGUCCUGCGCGAGGCCAGCAAUGACACCAACCACUGCUCAUU